AUGGCUAGUACCAUCAGUAAGAGGCAGCAGGCUCGCAAUGAGCGCAUGCUGCAGGAUCUGUUGAAGGUGUCCGGAAAUGAUAGGUGCGCCGAUUGUGCUGCAAAGAAUCCAGUCAAGUCGCUGAGCAUGGAUAGCUGGUCUCCUGAUCAAGUCGACAACAUGAAGCGCGUAGGAAACACCACCUCAAACCGCACCUUCAACCCACAGAACGUCAGGCCCGACAUUCCCACCGAUGCUGACGAGGUCGGCGGUGUCAUGGAACGCUUCAUCCGCCAAAAGUACGAGCACAAAGCCUUUGUUGGUUCAAGACCCAGGAGUCACACAGUUGGAGGCGCCAGUGUUAGUUCGAACGAGGGUGUUCCACCACCUCUGCCGCCAAAGCCUGGAAAGAAGUUCGGUUUCUCGCUGGGUGUCCGCUCCUCGUCAGCCACCCAACAAAGAUUCACACCUCCACUUUCGCCCGCGUUGACUGGUUCGGACGGUCGCUCUACACCGCCUGUCGGAAAGAUGAACAAGCCUUCGCGUGUGUUUGGGUCCAAUGUAGGAAAUCAAGAGGAAGAAUCAUUUGACACAAAACUGGCAUCACUGAGAGAGAUGGGCUUCCCGGACACACGUCGCAACUCGAUGGUCUUGAAGAAUGUCAAUGGAAACUUGGACAAGGCAGUCGAGACUCUUGUGCGCUUGGGUGAUACCACUUCAGGNGCACAGGGUACCCUGACACCCAUGUCAGGCAGCACUAGUAGCUCCAACGCAAACGGCAUCUACAUCGAGAAACAGAGGGCACAGCCAGAAAAGGCCGCUUCUUCGACAAAUCCUUUUGAUGCUCUGGAUCUGCAACCUCCGCGGCGUGCCUUUACUCAGCCCGCUCUUUCCACUGCGGCUCCACAACCUUCCCUGCCNUCCAAUCCUUACCAAGUGCCUCAGUCCAGUCAACCGGAACCUUACCAAUCCUACCAGUCUGCCCAACAACAGAUGCCUCAACAACAGCAACAACUGUACUCACAGCCCACUGGUCGCUAUGGCAAGACGGACAUCAUGGCACUUUACAACCAGCCACAAUUAGCGCCUUCAAGACCUCUGCAGCCACUUCCUGAAAAUGGUAUGGCUCCUGCAAUGAUGCCUCAGCAACAACAGCAGCAGCAGCAGGUGCAGGUUCCACCUCAUAUGCAACAAGCACCGCAGAGAAGUGUCACCAUGCCAGUGGGAAGUGGCAGUAUGAACCCCUUUGGCUCUGGUUUCUCAGCACCUCAGCAAGAUCAGCAAGCUAGACCGGGCGCCAGGCACGUUAGUCAGGAAAGCAAGGAUUUCGUGGGUAUGGGUAAUGGAAGACCCCACAGCCCUGAUGCAUUUGCAAGUCUGAGUGCAAGAUAUGCUCGCUAA